AUGGGUGUAUGGAGCAGCAAGCAUCUCACAGUGCUUGAUACAAGGUGGGUUACUGAGGCACCUGGAAAAAACAGCAAUAAAGUAGCUCAUAUGAGCAAAACCAACUAUUCAAUAACCCGAUUUGCCACCUGGAAUGUCAGAACUAUGUUACCCGGAUAUGACAUUCCUACAGAUGCUGCCCCUAUAGUUAGAAAAACAGCAAUAAUUGACAGAGAACUCCUGUGUCUUCAUGUUGAUGUGGCUGCAUUACAGGAAACUCGUCUUUCUGGGGAAGGCAGCCUGCGUGAAGAUAAUUACACCUUUUUCUGGAAAGGGAGAGAAAUUGGAGAAAGAUGUGAACACGGAGUUGGCUUUGCAGUGCGAAACAGUCUUCUCAGCUGCUGCAAACAACCAAAACCUAUGUUUGAACGAUUAACAACUUUGAGAUUAAAGACAAUAUCAGGCCCCGUCACAUUAAUCUCUGCAUAUGCUCCCACUAUGAAAGCGCCACCUGAAGUCAAAUACAUGUUCUAUGAAGACCUGCAAAAAUGCCUGGAGAAUGUUUGUGGAUCAGAUAAACUCAUGUUACUGGGAGACUUUAAUGCCAGGGUUGCGAAUAAACGGAACAACUGGACUGACUGCAUUGGCCCAUAUGGCAUUGGAAAUAUGAAUGUGAACGGUCAGCGACUGCUGGAACUUUGUACCUCUCUUUCUCUCUGCAUCACUAACACUUACUUCCAGAACAGAGAUGCGCACAAAGUAACAUGGAAAGACCCACGUUCAGGCCACUGGCAUCAGCUUGACUUCAUCAUAACCUAA